CUUUUUAGUGUCAACAAGUCAGGCAAUACUUCAUUCUUCGCCAGGAGCAGUGUGGCUGACAAAAUUCCAGCCUCCACACAGACACUGAUACUGAACUUUUUCACUUAUGUAUACGUUUUAGUAAGCAAAGGCAUUAACGUUCAUUGGUUCUAAAUUACAUCAUUAUCUUUCAUUAAUUAGUAUUCUGUCAUUUACUGGUUAUUGAUUUCUUACUUCUUACGCUAAUUAGUCCAUACUUCUACAUCUUUUUAUAUCUUUCCAUUUAUUAGGGAAUUUCCAGUGCAUAUACUGAGUUUUUAUCUGGUAGUUUUUGCAGAGUGUCCUUUUAAUCCAUAAAUUCUGCAUUCUAGAUGUCCAGCCUCACCAAUCCCUCUUUCUCUCCCGGGCUUUGUUCAUUGGACAUAUCCGAGUUAGUUUAUCAAAACUGAAUGUUUCAGGGCUUUUCCCAAGCUGUCCCCAAAAAAGUAACUUACAACAACUUUGCUAAAUACUGAAUGAGAAUGAUUUUGGAAUAGUCCACUAUUUAUAAUUUAUAUACAGAUAGGUGAUGGUUAAUUAAAACAAUUAAUUCAAAAGUAAUUAAACUCUUUAACUGCAAUUAGGAAGACGGUCUGUCGUUUCCAACGGCGGGCGGGGCGCGCGGGCCCUUUAAGCGGCUCCUGUCACCUCACGGAGUGGCCGGAAGUGGGAGCGGCGGCGGGACCGGCGGAGGCGCCGCGGCGGCGGCGGCUCUGGAGCGUCCCGGCGGAUCCCGAAGGAUCCUGGUGCUACCGGCGGAGGCGGCAGCGGCCCUCCCCCGCUCUCAGGGCCUCCCGAGGCUCCGGCCGCGGGCGGUCCCCGCGCUCCUUCCCUGCCGCGGGUAUCCAGGGACUCGGCUCCGUUGCUGAGGGGCCGCCGGGGCUCGGCCAUGGUACGGCUGCACGUCAAGCGCGGCGGCGAGAGCCAGUUCCUGCUGGAGGCGCCGGGCAGCGCCCGCCUGGCCGAGCUGGCGCUGCUGGCCGCCCGCAUCCACAACGGGCGGCUGAAGGUGCAGCGCCUGUGCUCAGAGAUGGAGGAGCUGGCAGAGCAUGGUAUUUCCUUACCUUACAAUAUGCAAGGACUGACGGAGGAGCAGAUCAAAGAGCUGAAGUUGAAGGAUGAGUGGGCAGAGAAGUGUGUCCCAAGUGGUGGAAGUGUCUUCAGAAAGGAUGAAAUGGGGCGAAGAAAUGGAUUUGUAAGCGUAGGCUAUGAAAUAUGUCUCUUACUUAUAGCUCCAAAUGAAAAAAUGCAGCAAGUUAUAAAGAAGACAAUAGAAGAAGCCAAGGCAUUAAUCUCAAAGAAACAAGUUCAGGCCAAUGUGUGUGUUAACAUGGAGAUGGUGAAAGACGCAUUGGAGCAGCUCCGAGGGGCUGUGAUGAUUGUGUAUCCAAUGGGAUUGCCUCCACAUGAUCCAAUUAGGAUGGAGUUCGAAGAUAAAGAAGACUUGUCAGGAACUCAUGCUGGAACUGAAGUUAUAAAAGAAUCGGAAGCACAGUUAUGGUGGGCAGGAAAGCAGUUGGAAGAAACAAAGUUGCUAUCUGACUAUGUAGGCAAAAAUGAGAAAACAACCAUCAUUGUCAAGAUCCAGAAAAAAGGACAAGGAGCUCCGGGGCGGGAGCCUGUGAUCAGUCAUGAAGAGCAAAAAGAGAUGAUGCUGUACUACUUCAGGAAGCAGGAGGAGCUGAAGAAACUGGAGGAGGAGGAGGACGACGACUCGUUUCUAAAUGCUGAGUGGGCAGACAACCAUGCUCUGAAAAGGCAAUUUCACGGUGUAAAAGACAUCAAAUGGGGUCCAAAAUGAAGCUCUGCAAACCCCUUCUUAAGCUGCUCGGUUGAUGCUCUUGUUUGCAGCAAGGAGUUGUAUUGUGUGUGGUAGAUUCUUCUGACAGCAGCUGAAAUUGUCACUUCUGGGGCCUUAGGUGUUCAAUAAAUGUUCAUAUUUCUCUGUGACUGCAACAGCACUUUUCUCUGCAAAGAAAUGAACAAAUUCUCUUGAUGUUUUGUAUUUUAUUAGAAACUUGUAACUUGGAUAUGGAAAUGUCAAUCUGUUUCAUAGAUAAGAGAUCUAGUAAAUAUGUACAGGAAUGUU